ACCAAAGGCUAAGUCUUGAAAACAUGAUUCCUGCAACUGUUCACACUGUCCUGAGUGCUCUAUAUUUAUGCUGCCACAGAAAGAACUGGUUACACUCGGAGGAGAAACCAAGAAACACUAAGGACUGAAAUGCGCUUGCAGCUAAAGUAUCCUCAUCAUGAAUAGGUACACAAUUAUCAGACAGCUUGGUGAUGGGACCUACGGCUCUGUCCUCCUAGGGAGAAGCAUUGAGUCUGGAGAGCUAAUAGCCAUUAAAAAAAUGAAGAGGAAGUUUUAUUCCUGGGAAGAGUGCAUGAAUCUUCGAGAGGUUAAGUCUUUGAAGAAAUUAAACCAUGCCAAUGUAGUAAAACUGAAAGAAGUUAUCAGGGAAAAUGAUAACCUGUAUUUUGUGUUUGAAUACAUGAAGGAAAAUCUUUAUCAAUUAAUGAAGGAAAGAAACAAGCUCUUUCCUGAGUCUACAGUUAGGAUUAUUAUGUAUCAGAUCCUGCAAGGGCUGGCAUUUAUCCAUAAACAUGGGUUCUUCCACAGAGACUUGAAACCUGAAAAUCUUCUUUGCAUGGGGCCAGAACUUGUGAAAAUAGCAGACUUUGGCUUAGCCCGAGAAAUCCGAUCUAGACCUCCUUACACUGAUUAUGUAUCCACAAGAUGGUACAGGGCUCCUGAAAUUCUCCUGAGAUCCACCAGCUAUAGUUCUCCAGUAGAUAUUUGGGCUGUUGGUUGUAUAAUGGCAGAAGUUUACACACUGAGGCCUCUCUUCCCAGGCGCCAGUGAAAUUGAUACUAUAUUCAAAAUUUGCCAAGUCUUGGGAACGCCAAAGAAGAACGACUGGCCUGAAGGCUACCAACUUUCGACCUCCAUGAAUUUCCGCUGGCCUCAGUGUGUACCUAACAACCUGAAAACCCUCAUACCUAACGCUAGCAGCGAAGCGGUGCAGCUUAUGAGAGACAUGCUACAGUGGGACCCCAAAAAGCGUCCAACAGCCAGUCAGGCACUUCGAUAUUCGUACUUCCAGGUUGGACAUGCCCGGGGUGUUCAAGAGCUGAGAAAACAAAAGGAACUGCAUAAUAAAUCGUCUCUACAUAUUAAGCCUGUCCCUCCAGCACAACCCCCUCCAAAACCUCACGCCCGCAUUUCCUCAAGGCCUUUUCAACAAAGCCAGGCUUCUCAGCACCUGGUGUACCCCUAUAAGACAGAUAACUCCGGGGCUGAGCAUGGUAACUACUUACAGGAGGACAAGUCUAACCAGGUUCUUCUGCCUGCAAUUCACAAUAAGGUUCCUCAGCAGAAAACAUCUGCCAGGACUGAGAACAUAAAUGGUGAACUUAAACCAAAAAACAGGCGAAGAUGGGGACACCUUGCUAGAACAGUGAAGAGUUCUGAAGACUGGGAUGACUUGGAAGACCUUGAUUUCAGCUCUGCCGUCAUGAGGAUGGACUUGAAAAACAAGAAAAGGCAGAGUGAUGAAACUCUUUGUAGAUUUGAAAGCAUUUUGGACCUGAAGCCUUCGGAUGCUCUAGGUUCUGGCAGCAGUGCACCUUCCCAUGCAACCUUUCCACGGCAGGACACGCCCACACUGCGGGUUUCUGCAGCAAAGCAACACAACCUGAGACAUUCUGGGUAUCUACCUGGAAUAAGCACUAGGAAUAGCGUAGUCUCCACUUCAAACAAAGAGUCUGUUCUGUCUAAUCCCUGGCCUGGUUCUGGUUUGCCUGGAAAUGCUUCCAGUUUGGGAGGAGGUGUUAACAGGAUGAAUUCAGCAAAACUCUCCAAUUUUUCUUCUUCAGGUCUAACUCCUAGUGGUUAUAUCCCUUCGUUUCUGAAGAAGGAAGUAGGCUCUGCUGGGCAGAGGGUUCAGUUAGCACCAGUUGUGGAUCCAUCUUCUAAUUAUGCUUCUCUGAAGUCAGUAAAGCCCCAUGUUGGGCAGCCGUCGUUCAGUUCACCUACAAAAAACACACCAAGGUUGAUGCCUCUUCCAUCUCCAGCUCAGCCAAUCCACGGGCGCGUUGACUGGUCUGCAAAGUACGGUGCUCGCCGGUGA